AUGUUCUGGGAGGUGCCCUACUUGAUACUGAGAAGACUGAGAGCCCAGCGCGAACAGUUAGAAGAUGAAGAAGAAGAUGAUAACCAUUAUGAGUCACCACCACGUCAGAACAGAGAGGUUAAAAACAAAAUGAUUAAUAGAAGACAGUUUUUAAGAAGACGGAGGCGCAGAAGAAUCUUUCCAGCCAGAAUAAACCUCUCUGAGAUUGAUGAACGCGAUAUUCAAGAACGCUAUCGUCUUAGCUCGGAUUUUAUAAUGUCCCUCUAUGAACUCAUAAAGAAAGACCUAAUUUCUACUACAAAGAGAAGUAAUGCGGUUCCCGGGAUUGUGAAAUUGCUUUGUGCCCUCCAUUACUUCACCAGUGGUUCCUUACAAAGCACCGUAGCUGAAGCUGGCGGUAUAACCCAAAGCACAUUCAGCCGAGCUCUCUCUGAGGUUAUAUCUGCAAUAUUGAAGCUGCAAGAUCAGUUUAUAACAUUUCCCAAAAACACAGGAGGACAACAACUGAAUAUGGCAGGAUUCCACUGCAUUGAUGGGUUUCCAAAUGUUCUGGGUGUGCUGGGCUGUACACACAUUGCAAUCUCUCCCCCCUCAGAAAUGGAACAAAUGUAUCGUAAUAAUAAGCAUUACCAUUCCAUCAAUGUACAGCUGGUCUGUGCUCCAGAUAUGAGGAUCCUGGAUGUGGUUUCACAGUUUCCCGGAUCAACACACAACUCAAAUCUACUGAAGCAAUCCAGGAUACAUGAUAGAUUUGAGAAAGAAGAAUUUAAUGGCUGGCUUUUGGGUGAUGAAGGUUAUGGCGUUAAACCGUGGCUUCUAACUCCCUUUGACAAACCAGUUACAAAGGAAGAAAUUCGAUACAAUAUAUCACACAGUUCAACUUAUUCUGUUCUGGAGCGAACUGUUGAGGUGCUCAAAAGCCGCUUUCGCUGUUUGGAUAAUCCUAAUGGAGUGCUGCUGUACAACCCAGAAAAAGUUUGUAAAAUUAUCCUCGUGUGCUGCAUAAUCCAUAACAUAGCAAUCAUGAAAUGUCUAGAUGUAGACAUUGCACUGGAUCUGAGACUUCCAAUCAAAGAUGAGUCUAUAGAGGAUGACACCGAGGAAGGCACUCUACAGCGGGAUAAAGUUGUAGCCGAGUUCUUUUCCGGU